GAUUCAAGUUCCUUUUGACACUUAUUUUGAAGUUAAACCACUUCUGGAGUUCCACAGAGUUAUUACAAUGGAAGAUUUCAUGAAAGACAUUGCACCAACUCUCUGGCCUCCAGAGAAAAGAACCGGCAACUGAGAGUAUACUCAUUCUUCCUAUAACAGUAUUCUGCUACACUGCAAGAUCUGAAAAUAAAGGCUGCAAUGCAAAGGAGGGGAACCCCUUUGGACCAUUUUGGGACACAUUCAGCAUAGACUUUGCAGGUUCUGAGUUUUACAGCCCUCUACACUAUGACGUGCACAAUUCAAACAUGUCAGAGCAGUGGAAUGCCAAAUAUAAUCCUUCAGAAUGGCCGGUUCUAGCAUUUGCUGGAGCUCCUGCAAGUUUUCCUGUGCAGUUGGAGAAUAGAGAUUUGCACCGUUAUCUCAAGUGGAACACGGCUAUGAGCAAUGCAGCUAAUGAAUUCAUCAAGACCAAAAUGCCGAAGGGAGGUUUCAUUGGGAUACACCUUCGAAACGGCAUUGAUUGGGUGAGAGCUUGUGAACACAUCAAGACCAGUCCCAACCUGUUUGCAGCUCCCCAGUGCCUCGGGUACAGGAAUGAAUAUGGACCUGCCACACAGGACAUGUGUUUCCCUCCACUCGAUGUCAUCGUGAAGCAGCUUAAGAGGUUGCUGAGGAACUCCAAAGAUGUCGCUUCAAUAUUUGUUGCUUCAGAUAGCAACCACAUGAUCAAAGAAUUGGCGACUUCUUUGAAGAAAUCAGAGGUAACAGUGCAUAAACUGGAGCAAAACAACCCACAUCUAGAUCUUGCGAUUCUUGGCCGUGCAAACUACUUUGUGGGCAAUUGUAUUUCUUCGUUCUCAGCGUUUGUGAAGCGGGAGCGUGACGUACGCAAGUUUCCAUCUGCGUUCUGGGGCUUUCCACCUCCUAGGGGCACUGGAGCUCAUGAUGAGCUGUAAACUCUGGAAUGACCAUAUCUCUGCUCUAGUCUAAGAAGAAUCAAGUGCUCAGUACGCAUCCUAAAGACAAUGGUCUAAUUACCAAUAAUUGUUAUGUAUGAAUUCAUUCUUUGAAUUCAAAAUUCCUCUUGACUGUUAGAUAUAUUGUAGUGCUAAUGCCAAAGGUAAGGAUUGAAUGAUUGAAUUGUAUGCAUGUGUUAAACUUAGUUUGUAUUGUAUGCGUGUGUUAACAAUUUUUUGAAUUGUAUGUGUGUUGUUGAACUUGCUCUUGCAUCAUUGUUUAAUGAUGAGUACAAAAAUAUCUCAGUUACUACAGUCCCAAUCGAUCUUUGAGAUGAAGAAGAGUUUUGAAAAAAAAAAAAAUGAUAAUGAAAUCAGUUAUUAUGUUGAACAAAACCUAAUCUAAAAAUAAUCUUUGAGAAAAUUAGUAAAUUUGUAUCAUUCUAUAUAAAAUAAUUAAGUUAUUACUGGGUUUUAUUGAUUUUCCACUCAUUACUGUGUUUUUUAACUUAAGGAAUAAUAAUAAAUUUUGUGUCAAGUGCAGGAUACACUGCUUUGCAAAAGUA